AUGUUGGCAAUGAAGCUAUCCAAAUGGUGGUUACCAAGCAGUAAUGCGCAUGCGUACGAUUCAAUUGAUUUAACUUCCGUUUCCUGUUGCAAGCACAUGCGUUUGUUUACUAGUUGCUUUGCAUUUAACAGAAAAUGCUCGUUGAUCUUGACAUUUUCUAUCAUGUCAGACAGCAGGACAGAAGUAAGAAGAUUUUGUAAGCAGAUAGAAAACAUCGUCACUAAUCCAAAAGGACAACACGAGUUACAACAAGCAUUGAGAGAUGUCAACUGCCUAACUCUUGACUUGGAUUUGACUGCAGAAGUCAAGCUAUUUCAGUUCAGUGAUAUAGCAACUGCGAAAUGUGUUUUUCGGCAAACAUUCUAUUGCCCUUUCGGGUGUUUUCUUAUGAACAUACUAUCUUUUGAUUGGAUACGAUUAUAUUUUAAAUAUGAAGAAAUAAAACAGAACUUUGAUAAUUACUUUCUGAAGGCAAACAACUCUGGUACAUUUAUUAUCCUGUCAAAAUGUUUAGCAGAUUCAAGAGCUGGAGUGAAGCAGAACAAAUGUGUAAAGCUGCUAGAAGAGUUCCUACAGAGAAGAUGUCUUGAUCCUGUGAUAGUUCAGUAUUGCAAAGCAAGCAUCCAGUCAGAGGAACAGUUUAUUGUAGACAAGUUCAUUGGAGCCCUGGUGUCUUUCCCUGAUCAAGCAGCAAAUGUCCUCCAGACUCAGAACAGUGAUUUGUUCCUGCCUCAGCAGUAUAUACCACUAAUAGGGCAAACCAUACUGGCAAGUCUGGAACAUGCAUGUGACCGCAUUAGGAAAGGUCAAGAUGUCAGUCUGCAGUUUGUUGGUCAGCUGUGUGCUAAGCUAUCUUUGUCAGGGUUUGCAGAGUUGCUGUGGAGGACCCUGAUGUCUCGCAUGAUGUUAGAGGUACAAAGAGACUUUAUAUGGAGCCGUGUAUGUGAGAGGCUGAUCACAGGGAUUCCAGACCGAGGAUUAGAUAUAGUACUAAGAACAGUACUGAGGAUCAUCCCAUGGUAUGGCUUUGUGGACAAGUUCCUGGGUGACUGUAUCCUGACUAAACACAGAGUGGAGUAUCUGAUGUGUACCAAGAUGUUAUUGCUACAGUAUACAGACAAGAGUCUUGUUGUUCACAAUAUACUGGGAUAUCUAGCCAGCUCACACACCAGACAGCCGUUACUCAUCAAGACUAUGAAGGGGUUGCUACGAGUGUGGGGAGACGGAAGUGCUUUACGUCAUACUUCAGGAGAGCAGCAUCUCUACAUAACCAAAGCACUUCUUAUCUGCUGCAAUCACCUCGCAGAGCGGGAUGCUCAGACGCACAAAGAUGAACUACUGCAGCUGUUGUUGCCUGGAGUCCAGUGUCACUUGGGGAUGUCUGACCAUGACACACGGUGCUUGGGGAUGCUUGUGGCCAAAACUAUUACCCAGAUGAUUGAUCCUAAGGGACCUAGACUGGACUAUGAGCUUGAUGAAAACAAUGAAUCUGUGAAGAGCCUCCUGACCGAGACUACUACACCAGCGGACCCAGCCAUCACAGGCUGUACACAUGAUGAUGACUUGGAACCAUAUGACAUGUCAAACGAUGUUAAGGUCACCAAGGUCAAACGUCCCAAAUACCUGAGAGAUUGUAUGGAAGGUUUGAUUUGUGCUGACGACACCGAGAGGGUGGAUACUUGCCUGGAGGCAGCAGAGGGACUUAUUAGGGCCUUACCUGAUGGUCUUACAGAGGUAUGUGAAAAAUUUGCGAAGAUUCUUUUACAUCUAUCUGAAAAAUCGUCAAACCUACACUUCACCAAACACAGAUUCAGCGCCAUGGUAGCCUUGACAGUUAAUGCCCCUGUUCAGAGCUCGAAGUAUUUAACUUAUCAGUUUUAUGAGAGAAACUAUAACCUUCGUCAGAGGAUGGACAUUUUAGAGGUACUAGCAGCCAGUGCCCAGGAGUUGUCUCAUCCCAGUCAGUCUGUUCCUAAACCCUACUCCAAGGACUCAGCCUUGACUCCUGGCCCCACCCAAGCACCCACCCCUGAGGACUGGCACAGUGUUGUACAGAAGAGGAUUGAGAGUAAAACCCGUCGGUUUGUGAAGGGCCCCAGUAGACCUGGACCUGCCCCAAAGAUCAAUAAGUUUGCUGGAGUAGCAGGGCAGUUCUUCUAUCCGCUGAUGAAACAUUAUGACAGGAGAGAGAACACCUUUGAUUUAAUAGGAGAGGACAGUCUUAUCCUUGGAAGAUUGAUAUACACACUUGGUGUCAUCAUGUACUGUGCUGUCAACACUAUGGAAGCUAAGAGGAUGGGAGCUACACUUCUGGAGUAUGUCUUGGUCCUUCGAUUUCAUACCGACAGAAUUGUCUGUCAUGCUAUUUUGUUUGCGGUUUCCAUGGUGAUCCUUUCUGUCCCUGCCCAUGUUCUGCUGUCUGACCUUCAGGGUGAGGUCAUGGAAAUGAAGAGUUGGCUGGAGGAUGUUGCUGAAAAAGGCAUUGAUAAAGAGUCCAGGAAGUUAGCAGUUCAGUGUCUGAUGCUGAUGGAAAAUGUCAUCAGAAAGGAAUUUCAAGGGAGCAUGGAAAAUACCUGACCAAAUAAAAAAUGUGAAGUGUGGAGAUUAUGAUUAGUGUACACAUUACUAGUGUUCACAUAACUAGUGUACACAUAACUAGUGUACACAUAACUAGUGUUCACAUAACUAGUGUUCACAUAACUAGUGUACACAUAACUAGUGUACACAUAACUAGUGUACACAUAUCAAGUGUACAUAUAACUAGUGUUCACAUUACUAGUGUACACAUAACUAGUGUUCACAUAACUAGUGUACACAUAACUAGUGUACAUACAAGUAGUGUACACAUAACUAGUGUACACAUAACUAGUGUACAUACAAGUAGUGUACACAUAACUAGUGUCCACAUAACUAGUGUACACAUAACUAGUGUACAUAUAACUAUAGUCCUAUCUAUUCUUUAUGCACAAGAUGAACAUACAUAACAUGCCUCAAACAACCAAUACAAUCACUAAAAACAUAUUUUUUUCAAACUUACUCUGUUUUACUCUAGUUUUUUAUAGCCCUGCCUUCCAAUGCCACGUGACUGAAAUCUCGCCGGCCUACGUCAUAACGUUGGGAAAAACCUUCGGUAACGCAAGAACUCAUCAAGUCAUGUGACAUUGCUCAUGGCCUAAUUUCUAUUAAAAACAUGGGUUGGUAUAGAAAACGUUG